AUGUCAACGUCGUCAACAGUUCUGACGGAGCACAUAGUCAAUUUAAAUGUCGGCGGUCAGCGGUUUGCCACGAGUUCCAACACUCUCAGCUGGAUUCCAGAUACAUUUUUUACGAGGUAGAAGAUUUUGUAGUUGUUUAGAAUGAACAAAACAUGAAUUUUAGUUUGUUGAGCGGUCGUCUGCCAACGGUUCGAGAUGAAGCGGGCGCGAUAUUUAUCGACCGUGAUCCAGAGAUUUUUCGUGUUAUUUUAAACUAUUUACGGACAAAACAAGUUGAUCUAAGGUUAGUUUUAAAGGGAAUUUUGAGGGUUUUAAUAAAGAAUAAGGUUUCAGCGCUGUGAAUGCAGCACAACUGAAGCACGAGGCGCAGUAUUUCGGGCUGGCGCCUUUGGUUCGAAGGCUGACCUUGUGCGAGGAGCUCGAUGUGAGCUCCUGCGGCACGGUCCUGUUUAAUGCCCUGAUUCCCUGUCCGGAUUUGCCCUUCGGCUGUAUUCCGCAGGACAAAAGGGUCCGUUUUGAAAGGGGUUUUUGACAAAGCAGAAAGAAAAAUCAGCUUUAAGUAUUAUGAUAUUUGAUAUCCACCUUAAAUAGAGUGUAGUUACUUCAAUUCUGUAUUGAAAAAAAUAUUACAUUUUCUCAGUUUCGAAGCGUCUAGCUCUUAAAGCUCAAUAUAAAAACUUGUUAUCAUUUUUUUAAAAGUUGUAACUCGCCUCUAAUAUUUUAUUAAAAAUGUAGUUGAUUGUUGAAAAAAAGAUAAUAUUAGAGCCCAAAAAAAUGUAUUUCUCAUUGAUUUUCAACUCUUAAUGCAUCUUUUUUUCUUAAAUUUCAUCACCUUCAUGUACAAAUAAAACUUCAAAUUUAUUAUUUUUCAGACAAACUCACCCCUAUCCUCCGAUUGCAACUCGUCCGACUCGGCUUACCCUACAAAAAAACGCGAAGUCUGCCUUCAUGUAAUUAAUGAAUCGAAUAAUAACUUUCCUUAUUAAUUUUUAGGGCAGCGGAACCUCCACACCGCGAUAUUGUGGCCACGCGAAGAAGAGCUCCUACGAAUUGAAUCGAUAUGUUAGUUUUGGGCCGAUUGGGGCUUAAGAACUCGUUUCAAAACUGUUUGAAAAUGAUAUAUUUUGCGAUUUCUGAGCCUUUCAUUGGUUUUUCUUUGUCAAAUCUUCUGGUAAAAUCAUUUUUUAUGAGUUUCAGCUUUUUAAGAUUUUUAAAACAGUCAUUUUUGAGAUCUUCCCCAGAAUGGAAGGGAGUUUUCUGCUUUAUUUAGAUCUUCAUUUCAAAAAUUACUUUUCAGUUACUUUUUAUUAGGGUUUUUGCGUCAGUUCGAGCGGUCUAGCCCGGACUUCAGAAACUCCAGAGUGGUCCCUACAGGGAUUUUAGUUAGUGGCCCCUCUAGAUUCAAAAUUGUUAGGAACUCUAGGCGAAGGACACUUCCAUGGAGAAAAAAAAAGAAUAAUUGAGCCUUUUUUGAAUGAAAUUGAAAGACCCAUAUAGGGUCCACUUUUAUCAGUCCUUGCAGAGGCUGUUUUUCCCCCUAACCCCAAUGGGACCACUCUAAAAUUCGUAAAAAGGCUUUGCUUAUAAAAUGGCCGAUAGGCUGCCGGGCCGGCCAGUCGCACAAGCCUGUUCUUUUUUUUUGAUUACACCCGACUUUCAGCUGAAAAACGAGCUGUCGCAGUUGAUGCGCUCCUCCGGAACGCCUUCUGAAGACGGAAACCAAAUGCCAGUCGAUCCAAUCAAAGUGAGAAUGGUCAGAACCCAUCAUAACACGCUGGCUGUCGCCCACGCGUACUACGCUUGUAUGUACAGGUUUGUCCUUUUCUUUUUUUCGUUGAUUUCUUUCUGAAAACCCCUAGAAAAUACGUAUUUUUCUAUACAAAAAGGUACCAAAAUGACCCUGACAAAAUAGAAUUUCAAACUCUAAAAAACAAAACUUUUGCGAAUAGUUAUCAUUAUUUUCGAUUUUUUUAGCUGGAUGCUUAAAAAUUUGGUUGACUGGAAGUCAGUAUGGAAUAUAAACUUAGCUGAAAAUUUCAUUUUUUCCGUGCUGUGAAACGUCAAAGUGAUCCCUAUAGGGGUCAGAGGUAAAAAAGGCCCUAUAGGGGACAAAACUUGAUCAAUUUAUCCUCUGCGGGUGUUUCCGAAAUUUCUCAAAAAGGCUAUCAAAAUGGAGAUAAAUAAAAACAAAUUCUCGUGUUUUAUAAGGUAGGUACCAAAAUAACCCUGAGAAAUUGGAAUUUCAAACCUUGAAAAAAAAACUUUUGCGAUUAGAUAUCAUUAUUUUCGAUUUUUUUUUUUGCUGGAAGCUUAUAAGUUAGGUUGACUGGUAGCCAGUUUCGAAUACGAUUUUUGCUGAAAAUUUCCUGUUUUUUGUGCUGAAGAACGUCAGAGUGGUCCCUAUAGGGGUUAGGGAGAAAAGGCCAUAUAGGGGACAAAAACUGGCCCCUAGAGGGGUAAAGUUUAGUUGGUUCUAUGGGGUCAUAUAACUCUGUGGAUAGUUUUCAUUCAAAAGCACUAAUUUAUUGAGUUUCUUUCUUACAGGGGCCACUAUUUGAAACCUCUAAAGAGGGCACUUUUGCAAGCUCUAGUCUCUCCUAUAGAAACGGGUAAAGUGCUUCCUUGAUAGCAGCUAUCAAGGAGCUCUAAAAGUUGCCCCUAAAGGUACCACUCUGGGGUCACUAAGCGCAAAAUUGUCGCUUUCAAAUCAAUAUAUUUUUGAAAAAAAAAAUUAUUUUUUUGAAGGCUAAAAGACUCGGUCGGCUGGCAGCCGGUUUGGAACACGCCUCGGCUCGAAUGUGCCGUCAAGCAUAUCGCCUUGAACUCCAAAUUCGGGCCCCAAGGAACGGAUCGCCUCUUGGCCGUUGGUCUGGAGAACGAGACGGUUCUUCUGUGGCUGGUGGAAGAGGAUGGCGCCGUCUCGAAGAAGGGUCAGGGAUUUUUGGCUUUUUUUUAGGGAACCAAAGAGAGAAAAAUCUUCUUGAUAGCCUAAAAGUUGUAAAAAGUAGAAAAGUAUGUCUCAAGCUGUGUGAAAAAUUUUUUAUAGAGGUUAAAAAUCCACUUUUUCCACGUGGUCUUAAUGCCGUGGUCGAAGCGAUUCCGUGAACUUUAAGAUAGCCGUCAGAGAAAGAAAAAGAUAAUCGAUUUUGGGAGGUUCAGAGAUGAUUUUAAGACAGUUCAGAGGCAAUUUUGAAAAAAUUUUGUGACGAUUCUGUGGGAAUUUUUAGUGGCCACUAUAGAGUUUCUCUGAUUAGUGGCCACUUCAGUAGCUUUCAUCCAUUAUUCCUUCCAGUAACUCUGAUCAUUUCAAAACAAACAUAUUGGACCAGUUAUGUUGAUCCAUUAACCCCUAAAGUGGCCACUAAAAUUUUUAGUGGUCUAGUAGUAGCAUUUAGACCUCUAUAGUGGCCACUAAUUUCUAACCCCUUAAGUGACCGCUAGUUUGACUACUACAGGGGCCACUAAAACGUCAAAACCCUAUAGUGGCCACUAGAAGCUUUCCCAGAUUGAGAGGCAAUUUUUGGAGGGUCAGAGAUAUUUUUGAAUUUGGCAGAGUUUUUUUGAACACCCCAUGAACAUUUUUCUCUCAUUCCUGUUGUAAUCAACAAAAAUAGUCUUUUUUUUCUGAAUAUGGUCGCUUUAUGCUAAAUUUAAGUUUGGGCCAAGUUUCAGUACACUUGGGCCAUUUUUAGAGAUGUUUUUUCCGAGUGUGAGCCAUACAUAAGUUGGCGAUUUUUAAGCUUCUGACUGGUUUAAUAAUAGGCCCCUCUUCUUAAGUUUUCCCAAAUUAAAGUUAAUAAUACCUCCCUAAGGCUAAAACUACCUUCCUGAGGUUGAAACUUCAUCAUAUUCCUUAUUUCUCCGAACUUUUGUAAGCCUUAGCCGUUCCUCCCGGGCUGAAUGAGUUCUGUACUUGACCAUCUAUGGUUUAGACCAGUUUUUUUUCCUUUUUCAGCUCUUUUCCCUGUCCAACUCUCAUGAUUUUAGGUUCCUUCGCCCUUGGAGUACCUGUCGACAAGCUUUUCUUCGUGGGCUCCCAAAUGGUGGCCUUGAGCAAAAUCGGAAAAGUCGGGAUUUGGCACUCGAUGACACAAAAUUGGCAGUGUCAGGGUGGGUUUUUGUAGAAAAAAUUCUUUUUUUUUCGAUGCUUUUGGAAGAUUCUUGUUCUUUUUUUUUUGCUUCCGACGGAUUGUUAGGAUACGCAUUUGGUUUUUUUUUUUCGAAAAUUGUAGAGGAUAAUUGAACUUUCAGAUUUAGAUAGAUUUUUGGGACAAAAACUUUCUUUUUCGAUUUUUUCAGAAAUUUCUUUAACUUUUUUGUUUCAGAUGGGUUUUUGGGACACACAUUUAUUUUUUUUUUUCUAAUUUUUUUUAUACUGGGAUCUUAAUUUUUGCUUCAGAAGCUUGUUGGGUCAGAAAUUAAUUUUUUUUUCCAACUUUUUUGGAGGUUUAUCGUAACUUUUGCUUCAGAUAUGUUUUUGAGGCUGAAAUUUUAUUUUAUUUUUCCUAGUUUUUUAAAGGAUAAUUGAACUUCCUGGCUUCUGAUGAAAUUUUGGGAUAAAUAUUUUCUUUAUUUCCCAAGUUUUUUGAAGUAUUAUCCUAAUUUUCGCUCCAAAUGGGAUUUGGGACAGAAAUCAUUUUUUAUUCCAACUUUUUUCAAGGAUUUUUGAACUUUUGAGACAGAAAUUACUUUUUUUUCCAACUUUUUUCAAGAAUUAUCAUACUUUUCGCUUCAGAUAUCGUGUCAAUAUCCUGUUUCGACACGGCUGGAUCUUCACUAUUAUUGGGAUGUGUCAACGGUUCCAUGUACUAUAUUGAUAUGCAGAAGUUCCCUUUGAGGUGAUGCUUCACAAGGGGGGCAGGGGGUAGUUCCUUUUUGGUUGGGAAUUCUUUAAAACUCGGUCAGGAUAUUUUUUCAUUUAAAAUAGUCCGUUUUGACGCGAGUUUAUCUUCUAGGAACCUUAGAGGGAUCCCUAUAGGGGUUAGAGGAAAUGGUUCUUCUCAUAUAGUUCAUAACAAUAAUCGACUACCAUGCCCACCUAUAGGGGCCACUUCCGAGAGCUUCAGUGACCCCUAUAGGUAGAGGUGAAGUAGCCCCCAAAGGGAACCUUCAACAGCUUUAAGGUUGCCCCUAGAGUAACCCCUCUGGCGUUCUUAAACUGACCUUGCCGGUGAGGGACAGAGAGACGCAGACACACGAAAACCGUCAAGUAACGGCGGAGGGACUAUACUACUAACAAAAAAAAAUAACUUGAUGAUCUACGAGUCGUCCUUGAUCAACGACAGUUUCGUGACUUCAAAUUUUCAUAUUUUUCAGAAAAUUAGGUCUCAAGGCCUCAAAAAAAGCCAAGAACCUUUGAGCUCUUUUAUUCUUUUAAAAACUGAAUAUUUUUUGAGCCUGUGACUUUUAGGACUUGACAGUACACCUAUGAAUAUUAUGGUCAAUUUUCAAAAGAUUCCCAACCAUUAAGAGAAACAACCCUUCUUGGGGGGGAUUUUCCAAUAAGUGUCGAAAAAUUGAUUCAGAAUGAAAGACAAUGACCUUCUGGUGACGGAGCUGUACAGAGACCCGGCCGGCGACUGCAUCACGGCGAUUUCCGUUUAUUUGACCCCGAAAAACAAGUUUAUUUUAUUCAUUUUUUUAUAAAUAGAAUAUUCAUUUUCAAGCUGUGAGCGGGAAUUGGAUCGAAAUCGCCUACGGAACGCAAACCGGAGCCGUCCGGGUCAUCGUACAACAUCCGGAGACCGUUGGCCAUGGCCCGCAGUUGUUCCAGGUGAGACAUGGUUUGAUGUGCAGGUGGAGGGAAUGGAUUGUGAGAAGGGAUACUGUAGUUCUAACUAAUAUUUUUAAGCUUUCAUUUUGAAAACUGAGUGAUUUUAAGGUUUUUCAGAUGAUUCAUGUAGAUUUUGACCAUUUUUUUUUUUUGCUGUACCACAUUAGGUGUGCAGGGGGUUAGGGAUUAGUCAGUAUUUUUUUCCUGGUAAAGUCCCUAUAGGGGUAACUUCUGGGGCCCUCGAAGGUUCCCCUCUAGAGGUCACUUCCCCAUUCCCUAUAAGGGCAACUAAAGCUUGAAAUAGUGACCUCUAUAGUGUCAUAAUAUUAAUAUAUUGAUAUGAAAUCUAUGAGAAGAAGAAUUUUCAUGCGAAAAAUUCAAAAAAUUAGCGUUUUUCGAGCGAAAAAUGAGCGGAAAUGGAUCGAAAUCUAAAAAAAUGGAUCAAGAUUGUGUUUUUUUCAAAUCUGAACCAAAAAAAUUAAAAAGGCCCCUGUAGGGACUACUUGAGCUUUAGGGACUUAGGGCUCGCACUUUAAAUCACUAUAGGGACCACUUAAAUUUUUUUCCUCUAUGGGGAGCACUUUUUGUCUCUUGUAUGGUACGUCUUUUCUCUUAACUCCUAUAGGGACUACUUGAGCUUUAGAGGUUUAAAGGUCACGCUCUAAAUCAUUAUAGGGAUCACUUAAAUUUAACUCUUAAAAAGGGCUUUUUUGAGGGUUCUUCCAAACCCUAUGGGGACCACUUUGACGUUCCAAAGAACUUACUGUUCAUCACAGAUAUACAUUUAAAAAAAUCUCGGUAUUAAAUUUUUUUUCCUGAGCUUCUGGAUAGGGUCAGAAUUUAUAAGAAAAAAAAAGAAAAAUCCGAAUUUUUUCAGACCUACACUGUCCACAACUCACCCGUGACGAAAGUCGCAUUAACAACGACUCAUUUGAUAAGUGGUGAGAUCGAAAAACUAGUCGGAAAAUACCGUAAUCCUCGCUCUACAGUAUGCUCGGAGUACAACCAUGUGAGGUCUUGGAUGGUGACGAGGUUCAGAGGAAUGAUCAGCACUCAGCCCGGGAGCAUGAGCCUCGCCUCGUUCAAAGUCCUGACCCUCGACUCGACCGACGAACGGGUUGACCGGGAUUAUACUGAUCCUGGUGAUUAGAAGAUCGAUAAAUCAGUGGAAAAUUGAAGAACUUUCCCAGGACCAUAUGGUGACCAGGAUACGGAGCAGGUUUUCGUCCAACGACUCGUUCCUGACACGAAUCAGGUCUUCGUCCGGCUCGCCUCUACUGGAGAUCGGUACGGAGGGGAUAUUGGAUUUAUUGAAAAUAUCAUAGUUAAGCUAGAAUGGGUCUGUGGAAUGUUAGGGUUGGAAAAAUUGGAGAUCAAAAUCAAUAAGGACAAAAAUUUUACUCAGAAAAGUUGCUUUCACUGUAGAUUGGUGCGGAUUUUGAGUCGUAUUGCUUAAUUCAAAAACGAGAAUUUUUCGAAGACUUUUGUACGUAUAUAGUCUGUGUAGAUUUUUAAUGUCAAGUGCAAUGACGUCAUUCAUAAACACUCUGUGGAUGGCUCGCUCUCUGAUUGGUUUGUCGCACCAUUAGGGGCGGAGCUUGAGCGAUGACUUGACAUUCAAAAUCUGAACAGACUAUAGUACCUUGAAAUUUAAACGCCAGGAACUCCCCUAGGGACACUCUGGCUCUAUUUCUAAGAGCCCUAGAGGGACCACUCUGGCGUUCCUAAGCUGACCUUGACAAUGAGGGAACAGAGAGACGCAGACGGGCGAAAAAUUUAAACUCCCGGCGGAAGGGCUAUAUGCGGGCUUGGGGGUAGGCUGGGCGGUAUGACCCGAAUCGGGCUUUUUUUCCCCAAGAAGCCUGUUCGACUUUGGUCCAGACCAGCAUGGGAAUGAAUUUUCUUAAUUCUCUUAGAAGUUUUUCGGUUUUAACUCAGAAUCUUCACCAAAAAAUCCUUUUUCACUUGUUGAAUGAUAGUUAUGUUGAUACUUAGGUUAAAAAAGAACCAAAAAAGUGAUUUUUUUUUUUUCGUUAGGGUUGUUGGCUUGAAGAAAAAGGACCUUUUUUGGCCCGGGCUUUCUUUCAAAAUGGCCGAGGGCGCCAUCUUAGAAAAUGGCCGAGGGCCGGCCCUCGUUCAAGCCUGACUAUAUGGAAUAGCUUCUGCAAUCCCCUUUUGAGCCGUUUUUCAUGCACCCACGGAGUUAAUAUCCAUGAGGAGACAUUAAAAAGACUUGAAACGUUGAACUCAAUCUUCAAAGUUUCUAUUCUUCCAAUGAUUUUUUUCUCAGGUUAUGUACAAUAAAAUGCGUUGACAACUCGGUCAUCUCCGCCUUCACUGUACACGAAUGCGAAGGAUCCAGCCGAAUAGGAAGCCGCCCAAGGCGAUUUUUGUUCUGUGGAACGAGUACGGGAAACGUCCAGGUCCCAAAAUAAUUUUAAAAAAGUUGAAAAUGAGGUCUCUGUUCAGCUCUGGGACCUGACGACCGCCUUGGAUCAGUACCAAUCGUCGAGGCAACCAAUUGGAGGGGCUGCACAAUAUCAACAGGUCACGAGCAGCUCCGGCGACGUCAUGAAGCCGUCGUUGGCCCAGAACAUCCGGCUACCUGCGAGUUUACUUCAGGUAUGAAGGAAAGUUGCGUAAAAGUACUAAAGGUAAGGCUUAAAGACGAGAGUUCAGAAGAAGCCUAAAGAGGCGCCAGAGAAAGAAAGUUUCUCCCUUUCUUUAGCUUCUCUUUGGAUCGUUAUUGACCUCCCACACAGUGAAAAAGGUUGAGAAAAAGUUAGAGAUCAACGGAGGCCUGAAGAGACGCCAGAGAGUUAGAGAAAUUAACUUGAGGCGCCGCUUAUAUAGAUGGAGAGACGCUAGAGAAAGAGGGUUUUUCCACAUCUCUGACACCUCUUAAAAUCGCACGCUGUCUCAUUAAAGUUGGAACAGGGCUAACUAGUGAAAGUGUACCUUGAAGAGGCCUUUUUUGUCCACGUCUUGAAAAAAAAAUGAAACUUCUUCAGAUUUUCCUAUAAUGCUUUUCAAUCUAGAAAAAGACAGAGAAGCAGCUUUUUGAGAGAUUCCAGAGAAGUAAGAAAUACUCUUCUUCUCUGGCGUCUCUUCAAACCAAAUGUCUCUCGUUUGCAAGAGAUCAUCUUCUUGAAAAGCUGCCAGGAAGCGAUCUUUUUUUGUUUCAAAAAGCCAAAAAACAAGUUUCACUAAAAGUCCUACCGUAACCCAGUGAGUGGGCGGAGCCUCACAGUAACUAGCCUAAAAGUUUACAAAUUAUGUCUAGUAACUGUGAUAAUAAUUUCAACUGCCAGAGACUCUUUCUCAGGAUCCUGGAAGUUUCAGGGCCUCUCCGGACCGACGGCCCAGGAACUCUUGGCGUUGAUCGACGAGUGCGACCUGUGCUGCAGCUCCCUCUCACCGACCCCUUGCAGUACUCCGCAUCCUUCCGCCUCGAAUCUGCCCUCUCUAGGGGCUCGAUAA